CAUUUGUAUAACAUGGCGUCGAGCGAGAGUGGUGAUUUUCAAAAGGUGUUGGAGUAUCGGAUUUUCAAGUGCUCCAGUUAUUCUUCCUGUUACGUACCCGAAAAUAUCAUUGUCGAUGUUCCAUCGGAUCAGACUUCACGUUGGUCCUCCGACAUCGAUAAUCAUCCACAGUACCUUAUUCUUAAGCUUCAAAGUCCUUCCAUCGUCAAGUACAUCACUUUUGGCAAAUAUGAGAAGACACACGUGUGUAACAUAAAAAAGUUUAAGAUAUUCGGUGGAUUAGAACCAGAAAACAUGAUGGAACUUCUCGAAAGUGGAUUGAGGAACGACUCGAUACCAGAGACAUUUGAUUUGAAACAUGUUUUGGGAAGCGAAGGAAAUUGCUUUCCUAUUCGAUAUGUAAAGGUGCUUCCAUUACAGUCUUGGGGUCCUAGUUUCAACUUUUCAAUAUGGCAUAUUAGACUAACCGGUAUCAAUGAAUUCAAGAUUAUAAGGCCUUGUCUCGAAUGGUUCAACAUGUAUCGGCAGAAGGAGAUAAUAAGACUGUGCAUGAAACACUUUCGACAAAUGGAACAACCCGAGAUUGUUGAAACUCUGCAGAGGGUCACCGGCGUCCCGUUGGAGGACCCGCGACUGUCGACGCUGUAUAAUUUGCUGGUUACUAAAGGCGACCAUCUGCAAGCGGAACGUUUCAUCAGCAAUGCGCUCUCAACGGGGCUCUUAAGCGAUUAUAUCAAUGCUCAAUCUUAUAGAGCAAUUUGGACGAAGUUAUCAUCUAGCGAGCCCAAACCCGGGAUGCGGGGCGGCCAUCAGAUGGUGCUCGACCCUACGGCCGAGGUGCUUUAUCUCUUCGGCGGGUGGGACGGUAACCAGGAUCUUUCCGACCUAUGGUCUUAUGAUAUAGAAGCCGGCAAAUGGACAUUGAUAUGCAAGGAUACCGAGGCGGUGGGUGGUCCGAGUGCGCGUUCGUGUCACAAGAUGUGCCUAGAUCCACAAAGACGGCAGCUCUUCACAUUAGGCAGAUAUCUGGACACACAAUAUCGUACGUGUGAAAAUUUGAAGAGUGACUUUUAUGUUUACGACAUUGAAUCAAACAAAUGGACACAGAUCUCAGAGGAUACAGGGACUAUGGGUGGGCCGCCACUCGUGUUUGAUCAUCAGAUGUCCAUGGAUGUGGAAAAACGCACCAUCUAUGUAUUCGGCGGACGAGUAUUGGCUCAUCCGACGAAUGCUGACGAACACGGUCUGAUACCGGAACCGCAUUUCUCGGGAUUGUACUCCUAUCAUGUGCCAACCGGUACCUGGACCAGACUCGCCUGUGAUAUCGCCGAUAAACCUUGCUCGAGAGAUAUGCCUAUUUACAGAUCCCGCGCCGGUCAUUCCAUGCUAUUUCACCCGCGAUCGAGAAAGUUAUACAUAUUCGCAGGUCAGAGAGGCAAGGAAUAUCUGAGUGACUUCUUCACUUACGAGGUCGAUACACAGCAUGUCGAAUACAUAAACUACAACGAAUUUGGCACGACAAAAGACUCCAGUCAUGUUCCCGCAGCCGGAUUCACUCAAAGAGCGACCAUGGAUGCUGAACUCGGCGAGAUUUAUGUUUUAUCGGGUUUGAGUAAGGAUAAGGAUAAGAGGGACGACAAUGUGCAAAACUCUUUCUGGGUGUACAAUAUUCGGAGCAGCAAAUGGUCGUGCAUAUAUCGCAACGAGAAUGUCGGUGAGAAAUAUUGGAGCAAAAUGCAAGAUUACGAGCCGUGUCCGCGAUUCGCGCAUCAACUUGUUUACGAUCCCACAAGAAAGGUUCAUUUUUUAUUCGGCGGCAAUCCAGGCAGAUCUUGUUUACCAAAUCUGCGUCUGGAUGAUUUUUGGCAAUUGGAACUGCGCCGACCUACAGCCGAACAAAUCCUGAAGAAAUGUAAAUUGAUUAUUAGGACGCAUAAAUUCAAGGAACUCGCCUUAAGCAACAGCAUAGAAGCUCUUGAAUAUCUGCAGACGAAAAUCUUUGAGAUUAUCGAUCACGAUGACACGCAACAAACGAGAGAGUUUCAAUUGUUGACGUCGAUUUUAUUCCGGAAACAAAAUAGUUUGUCAGAAGAUGCUUCCCAAUCGAACACGAUUCUAAGCGAAACAUCCUCCGGCACGACGAUGACGCAGCAAGGCACGAACGCGCGCGAUGUACAUAAUUUGCGAACCGAGCUUUAUGACAAGCUCGUGGAAUUUUUCCCAGAAUCAUUGACGCAACCGCGGGCGAAUCUGAUUGAUCUCUUACCGUUGUAAUGGACGCAGUGACACGAGUCGUAAGACCUUAAUGACGGAAUGUUUUCUGGUGCAUGUUAUUACAUUAUUUUUUUUUCUUUUUUUGUUCUUAUUAUUUGAGACGAGAACUUUUUACAUCACAAUUCUGUAAAUGGAUGACGAACUUUGCCAUACUUUUACUGAUACGAUUUGCUCUCCUAUGUUGGAUAAAUCAUACUUAAUCGCGAGGAAAAAAAUGGUUAGAGUACGGUUCUACUAAAAAUGGUUAAUACAACU